AGAACACUCCUCUUCUUCGUCUGCAACAGAAGUUUCGCAGGAACAGGAUGCAAAGCCUGACAAAGUCCUCGUCAGUACAACAUCGGCUGGUCUACUCUCCCCUCCUCCCUCCCCCACUGGCACUGAACAUCUCCUGCAGGGUCCAACCUUAACCGCGAUGCUGGCACGGCAGGAGAAAAAUGUCAACGAAAAAGCAAGGCUGAUUCAAAGGCAAAACACGACAAAAUCCCCGCUCCUUUUAGAAAAGCAGAAGAAGCAGAAAGAGGAAAACGCGCACGAGAAGCUGAAAAUCUGGGUAAAGAAAUACCGGGAAAAGCAGAAAAGGUUGGAAACGGACAAGGAAUUUCGAUUGAUGAAUGCAAAGAAAAACCGAGACUGGUUUGAAGUGGAUGCGGAAAAGCAUAAGCCCGAGAACGAUUUCACCCGGAAACCGACGGAGAAGUUUCUGGAGUUUGAAUUGGAGAGGAAACACGCG